AUGUCGCGUUCGACGGUGGGCAUGCUCGCCUGGCUCAACGACACCUUCUCCUCGCGCGAGCGGACGGAGGACCUCCUCCGCCCAGACCUCGACGCCGGCACCAUCACCCCCCGCGACUACCGCGCCGCCGCCGCCUUCUACCCCUCCAACAACCGCUACCUCCCCUACGCCUGCAGCUGCUUCGCCGCCUCCAGCCUCUUCGUCUACGGCCACUUCUUCAGGCGGCCCCCCAUGUCCCUCGCACGCAUCACCUCCCUCGGCGUCCUCUCCGGUAUCAUAGGCCAGUUCUACGGCCAGUACCGCCUCGUGAGCAUGCACAAGGACUUCGUCCGCCGCCUCGAGAACCGCCCCGGCUUCUACAGGGCCCUCGAGAACGUCAACAUCCGCACGGGCGGCCGCCAGCCCUUGGGCCUCCUCCGACCCCCCUCGCAGCACCCCGGGACCGCCGCACCCCACGGCGAGCAGCACGAACAGGACGCAGAUCCCUGGAGCGACGAUGAUCAAACGCGUUUCCAGCCCGCCGACCAGCCCCCCUCCGCCCCCCGCGGUCCGCAACCCCAGCCCGAGCCCGCACAGCAGGGCCGCUGGGGCGAGAUCCGCGCCGCGAACGCCCGCAACGCGGGGCCCCGCUCCGCCUGGGACGAGGUGCGUCAGAGUCACGAGCGCACGCGCAUCGCGUCCGCCUCACAGUCUCCGAACGACGAGCCGCCGCGAGACGCCCUCGCCUCGCCGGACACAGACUCGGAGCAGGCAAAGUUCGACGCCAUGCUCGAGGCCGAGCGUCGCAAGGCAGACGCAUCCACCUCCGCCUCUUCCUCCGGCCCCUGGCGUGGUUAA